GUGCCAACUGACAUGCACUUGGACCUCGGCAGGCUCAAGGAUUGGAGCCUCGGAGAGCUAGCUGGACCUGGAGCUGAGGGACAGCUCAGCAGUUCCCUCACCUGGGAACGCCAUGGAGACAGCUGCUUCAAGCCGUCGCUGGACCCUGCGGCGAAAG